AAAUGUCAGUAGAUGAGCGAAAAUUAUUUGCUCGAUUUGUUCAUAUUUUUGUGCUACUUUUCUUGACAGGCAUAAAAUUAUCAUUUUUAAAUAAAAAAUAUAAUGUUAUUCUAUCUAAGUUUAACUAUAUUACAUAAAUUUAAUUAAUUUUCUAAUAAAAUUUCUUAUUGUUAUUGAUAAUUAAAUAAAAUAAUAAUGCAGAGAUUAGAGUUCUUUAAGAAAUUUAUACUCCCUGGUGGACUUUGUGGUGCUGUACCUGCCAUCAAACCUGAUCCACCGUGUCCUAGUACACCAGUAGAGUGCAAAAAUGAAGUUAAAUUAAUACGACCAUCAGAACUACCUCUUUAUGUUCACGAAGAACUUAAACCAUCUAAACCUGAAGAGACUACACGUCAAGAAAAUGGUCCUCGUGAAUUUUUAGAACUUGGUUUUGGAACAGUCAGGAAAAAUAUUCAAAGUGUUAUAAAAGAAUACAGUCAUGUUAAAGAUACUAUUAAUAAUACUAUCGACACCGGUUUUGCACAUUCACAAGUAACUUUGGAUUAUUUAAGAGAAGAAAGCAACGUUUUACCUAGAGUAGGUGCUGUUGCAAUUGGUGGUCUCACUGGAUUAAUUUUCAGUCUUCGAGGAGGAAAAUUCAAAAGACUUUUAUACACAACAACCGGAGCAACUGCCAUAGCAGCUGUUUGUUAUCCGAAAGAAGCUCAAGAAUCUAUUCAUGCAUCAAAGCAUUACAUCAACAUUGGUUACAACUUCAUAUAUGGUGUAAAACCCGGUGAUGCUAAUCAGAAAGAAAUAAGCUGGCCUGAAUUUCCUACAUUUAAAGUACCAACGUCGUUCUCUGAAUUAAUGAAUUUGGUAACAGAAAGUGGUUCAAGUUUAGUAACUGCAGUAAUGUCAUUAAUUAAUGACUCCUCUAAUACUAUAAAAGAUAAAGAGCAAACUCCAAAAUCAACUAGUUCAGAAAAGAAAUAAAUAAAUUUCUGAUUUACACAACAAAAGGGAUGUUUUAGAUUAUUUGAAAUCAAAUUUCUGUUAUCAAUUGUAGAUAAAUAAUAUUGAAAUAAAAAAAUCCAGUUCAUACGA